AUGGCGGUGGCGGUGUGGAUGGGGCUUGCGGGCGUGCUUGCGGGGCUGGUGGCGUGGAGGGUGCAGAAGGGCUUCGACGACAAUCGCAAGGCGGCUCUCGACACAUGGUGCGCCGGUCGCGCGCGCUCGCUGCAGCAGCAGUUCAUGCAGACCGCCGACCACGUGCAGGCCCUGGCAGGGCUCUUGACAGUGUUUGGCGGGGUGCGGGAGAAUCCAUGGGGCGUGGCGGAGUGCAUGAGUCAGGAGCUCUACGUGCAGUUUGCACACAAGACUGUGGCCGCGCGGCCGUGGGUGUAUGGUGUCAUCUACCUCGUGCUCCUCAACCAUACAGACAGGGCGGCGUACGAGCGGCAGAUGCGGUGCAAAGUGGUGGACGUGAUGGAGCAAGCGCGGCCCCACGAGGACUGGUACAUGCCCAUGCGCUACUGGGUCAACGACGCCCCCACCGUGCUCGCCACCACGCCCUGCAAGGACGCUCGCGCCCACCCGUCGUUCGGCCCACAGCUGGGCGAGAUGGUGGAGAGGGCGGACUGGUGGCUCACCACGCCCUUCGUGCUCGAUAAUGGCAACGCUGGCAUCGGCAUGGGGUUCCCGCUGUUCCGAGGGGGCGUGUCGGUGGCGUCGCCACAGGCGGAGAGGCAGCGCGCCAUGGUGGGGGCCAUGGGGGCGGCGCUCGACCUCAACCGCCUCGCCAGCGCCAUCAUCCUCGACGUGCUGCAGGACGUGAACUACACGCUUGAGAUCUACGACAUGACAGACACCUUGGCAGCGCCCCCGUCAGGCCCGCGCCUGCUGUACGGGGUGGGGGAGCUGCCGCAAGGCGACCCCAAGCAGGUGUCCAAGGUCAUUCCGCCCUCCACCCAGGCCAUGCUGCAGCCACACCGACACAAGGCCGUGCACCAGAUCAAUCUCACCGACCCCUCUCGCACCUUCCAAGCUUGCUUUGCAGGGGCAGACGAGGCACACAGCUGGGUGGCGGUACUUCUAGGCACAGUCAUACUGGUGGUGGCGGCACUGCUGGCGGCCAUUGCAGUGAGCGUGACGCACAACACGCGGAGGGCGCGGAGGAAGACGGUGGUGGUGGAGGGCAUGAAGGAGAGCACGCAGCGCAAGGAGCACAACAAGAGCGCCUUCAUCGCCAGCACCUCGCACGAGCUGCGCACGCCGAUUAUCGGGCUGAAAGGCAUGUUGGAAGAGCUGGUGGAGGGACAGAUGGAGGCGGAGAUGAGGGAAGACAUGCGGACAGCAGUAGAGGAGGCAGAGCGGGUGCUCCUACUGGUGAACACAGUUCUAGACAUAUCCAAGGCAGAGGCAGGACGCAUGCAGCUGGAGCGACUGCCGUUUGACCCCAGGCGCUGGCUGCUAGGCGCGCUGCAGAAGCACGGCGCCAGAGCUGCUCAAGCCGGGCUGCGCUUCACAUGGCAUGUGGAUUCGAGCGUGCCAGGUGUGCUGGAGGGGGACUACAUGCGCCUGCAGCAAGUGCUUGACAGCAUCGUUGGUGAGCCGCCCCGCCGUUGUCUCAGGCUUGCUGGUUGUUGUUGCCUGAAUGGACUUUUGAGACGUGUGCCGGGUGUGCUGGAGGGGGACUACAUGCGCCUGCAACAAGUGCUUGACAGCAUCGCUGGUGAGAUUCGAGGCGCCUCAAGAGUUUUGAGGCGCCAAAAAGACAACGCUAUCAAGUUCACGGCCAGCGGGGGCGUGUGUGUGCGGCUGCAGUGCCUCCCUCCCAACACCCACAUCCCCACCCACCUGCUCUCCCUCGGCUGCCUCCUAGCUGACGCCACUCCCGGCUGCUUCUCGCCUGCCACUGCUACUCCCACUGCUGCUGCUGCUGCUACAGCCGCCGCUGCUGCUGCUGCUGCUACUGCUAAUGCCACCACCGCCGCAACCACCGCUCCUGUGGUUGUGCCGUGUAACGGAGCAGAGGGGGCGUCUGUGGUGCCUUGCUUUGGGCUGCACAAGGGGCAGGGGCGGCUUGCGUGGGCAGCAGCAGUGAGACAAUGCUGUGAGCGCACGGAGGAGCGGGUGGGCCAGCAACAGCAAGAUGGUGCAGUGGCGCAGCGGUGGUGCUGGCGAGGCAAUGCGGGGGGAGAGAGGCAAGGCAGGGAGGACAGGGACGGCGCAGGUGCGGAUGCCAUGGCUGCUGCUGAGGCUGGGCGCGGGGCAGGCACGGCGGCAGUGGCGCGCGCUGGGGAGGGCGGUGGUGUGGAGGGCGGUGGGGAGGGCGUAUGGGUGGGUGCUGUGAGGCGGUGGUGGAGCCGUUGUGCCGUGUGGGGCUGCAGAGGGGUGUGUGGCGAGCCUGAGAGGCCUCAAGGGCGGUGUGUGGUGGUGCUGCUGACGUGUGAGGACACGGGGUGUGGCAUCGCACAGGAGGAACAGCGCGACGUGUUUCACGCAUUCAUGCAGGUGAGCCCUGCCCCUCAUGCAGGUGAGCCCUGCCCCUCAUGCAGGUGA